AUGGAGAAGCUAUCUGCAUUUCAAAUAAAUAAUAAGUACAAAUUAUUUCAGUUGGCCAAAGAGUUGAAUUCGACUAAGUUCUUCGAAACAUGUUUAAAUGACAACCAGUACAAGAUAAUAAGCUAUCUAUUGUCGACAGACAACUACGAAUUGUGGUCUAACUUUUUGGAAGGAAAUUGUUAUUUGCAAGUGAGCAAGAGCCCGACCACAGAAAAAUCGGACCAAGCAGACGAAGAAAAUGAAGAAAUUAUAGAAGAGGGCCACAAGCCUAUAAAAAUGUUGGCAUUACACAUUAGAUAUCUUUUAUGGGAAAAAGCUAUAGAUUUUUAUUAUUCGUCAAAGGACUUAGAUCAAUCUGUAUAUACAAUCGAAGAAGUCACUGAUGAUUACGAAUUAAUUGACAAACUAGAUAAAAUGCCAGAGGAGAAUGUUGCAAAUGGCGAAGGAACUGAAAACGACUCGACAUUGGAGACCAAAGCUGCACCUAUUGCGAGAGAGGAAGAAGACGAUUAUGACGAUGAAGAAGACGAAGAAGAAAAAGAAAAAGAAGAAACUGACAAGAAGAGCGUCCAUAACUCGGAAGAUCAUGCUAUGCUGGGAGAUGUGACAUAUAACGAUGAUCACCAGGCGAUACUUGAAGUUCCUUCAAGUUUAUUUGAAGAAAAACCAGAACCAGAGACUAAUACAGAACUAGAACAACCGUCAACCACAGAAUCAAGGCUUAAUAUAGAGGAGCAAGAAAACUUAAUUAAAGAAUUUAACAAAGUAUAUCAUAAUUUUGAAUACGACAGAGAGACAUUAAUAAAGAGAAGAAAAUUGGAAAAGUCUGAUAUGCAGCUAGAAGAGGCGGGCUCGGAUGACAUUGAUGGCAUUCAAAAUGGUACUGAAAACACGUCCAAUAUUGACGGCGCUGACAACAUGGUAAUAAACCUUGGUUCGGCUUCCCUUUCAUUAAAACAUUUACUUCAAACUAUUCAGCAACAAAGAGACGAGAUCCCAUUAAAUGAUUUUGAGUUGCGUACCUUAUUCAUGGAUGUUAGGAAGAAUCGAGGUAAAUGGGCAAAUGAUGAAAGAGUCGGACAGGAAGAGUUAUAUGAGGCAUGCGAGAAAGUAGUUAUGGAUUUGAGAGGUUAUACUGAACAUUCAACUCCUUUUUUAAAUAAAGUUUCUAAAAGAGAGGCCCCAAAUUAUGGUUUGAUUAUUAAAACGCCAAUGGACCUUAACACAGUCAUGAAAAAAUUAAAAGGUUUACAGUAUAAUUCAAAAGAAGAAUUUGUUAACGAUUUGAUGCUUAUAUGGAAUAAUUGUUUGACCUACAAUGUAGAUCCAAAGCAUUUUUUACGGGCGCAUGCCAUUGCAAUGCAAAGAAGAACACAAAAGCUUAUUCCCUCCAUCCCAAAUAUAACUAUAAGAAGUAGAGCAGAUGUCGAAAAGGAGGAAGAGUUAGAAAACGAGGAGAAAGGCUCGCCUAUUGGUGCAGGUAAAUCAUCUAAGAAAGGUAGAAAGAGAACAAGAGAAGAUCAAAUUAAGACAGAGGAUGAUACCAAUAAUGAGUCGCCUGACCCAUCAUCACUUUCAGAGACGCCCGCCACAGGGGUAAGUGCAACCGAAGCACCAUCAGUAGGAAAUGAAAAUAAAAAGGCCGAUGCAAUAGAUCAGGAUAAUGAAGAAGAAGAAGAAGAAGCUGAUCCCGAUGUACGGGAGGAUAACGAUAAUGACAACAAUGAUGAUGAAGACGAAGUUGGUCCAGAGCUACAAGCAUGGCGUACUUUGACGGCGAAAUCGAGAGCCCAUUAUUGCGCACAAAGAGCAGGCUUAUUUGAUGACAACUACAAGCUCAAACCUAAUGCCGAAGCUAUCAUAAGAGAAUCCAAUGAGAUGAGUAAUUUCAACCAUUAUCUUAAUAACACACUGGUUGUAUCUAAAAGUAGCAAUUUACUUGAAAACGACGAGCCUUAUUUAUUAGAAUAUGACAUCACUGGUGGGUUGCCAGGAUUCAAGUAUAGCGGUGUCAAUGAAGAAGACGAAGAGAGAAGAGAACAAAGAUUAGUCGAUGUUUAUUUACAACAAGCUGAUGGUGAUGCUAGUAAGAUUAAGUCGCCUUUUGUACUUCCAACAGACAGCGGAUUAAACAAAGUUUAUCUUGAGAACAUAUCUGAGAUGCAAGAAAUAAGGAAGAUAUGUUUCAAGAUCUCCCUUAUCCGUCAGAUGCAAACGCAGCUGUUUGUACAUCAUACUCAGUUAAGGCAACCAGAGAUCGAUGCUCUUAAAGAAGUCGAUGUCGAUCCUGUUUCCAAAUUAUCUAAUCAUGACCCCUUCCAUAAAGAUAUUCAGUACUCUAUUCUAAGGCGGAAUAUUUCUAAGAUUGCAAUGCAAACAGGGUAUGAAACUACACAACCUGCUGCGAUUAAUACCUUAACUCAGCUCGCAGAGAGAUAUAUGGAAAAUUUGAUUAAAUCGAUUAAAUUGCAUUCUGAAAGUAGUUCGUCUAACAAAUUGACGACUAGAGAAAUUCUUUUAUUGUCUCUUUUAGAGAAUGGUAUUGAUAAGCCAGAUGAUCUUUAUACAUUUGUGAAGGAGAAGAUUGUCAAGCAGCAAGCAAAAUUGAAGGAUUUGAGAGUGAAAUUAUCUAACUUCCUCAAAGAAUUAUUAAAGCCAGGAUUAGAAAACUUCAAUGAGAAGAGUUUUGAUGAUAAUAGUGAACAAUUUAUGACAGGUGAUUUUUCAAAUGACCUUGGUGACGAUUUCUUUGGGUUUAAAGAACUUGGAUUGGAUAAGGAAUAUAAAAUGUUAAGCUCUUCUAUUCCGAUUUAUCUUUUGCAUUCAAGACUUCAUAACUCGUAUAGUGCUAACGGAAUCAUCAGCAAACGAAAUAAAUAUGAAGAUUUGAAAGAAUACAAUGUCCCCAAAUUAUAUGCAUCCGAUAUAGAAAACCAAAUUGGCAUAUUGACUCCAUUUUACUCGAAAUUGUUGGACAAGUCGAAGCAUCAUUUCGUGAAGGUCCAGAAGAAAAAAGGUGAAAGUACUACGUUACCUGAAAAUGAUAAAUUAGUGUUAAUAGAAGAUGAAGAAUUGCCGCAGAAACAGAGAAAUGUUCGCCCUCGAUUACCACCUACUGGUAAAAUCACAUCGACGAAGAAGAAGAUUAUUGCUAACUCUUUUAUCUUACCAGAUGAAGAGGAGUUGGCUGUAUCAUAG